CAAACAAACAACCAUCCAUUCCAAACGACAGAAAAACCAAGAUUCACAUGUCCCUCGGACUAACCAGUUCCAAGUUCCAACCCAAAAUGUGACUCAAUGAGCAAUCAGAUCGACACAUCCAACGCGGGGAUCCGCAUCCUCCACAAAUCCCCACGCGCGAUCCAGCCGGUCCAGCCACGGGGAAGAGAUAGAUUCCCCUCACCUCCAUUCUCCAGACUGCGGAACCCCAAUCCCACACGGGAUAUAUAUUAACAUGGAGACAACCCUAUAGUGGACCAAAUUACAGGAUGGAGAUACUUAUAUUAAUGGGCACCUUCACAUGGGUUCGGAUUCGUGCAGUGGCGACAGAGAAGCUUUUCGCCUCGGAUUUGGCUGCCAGCUGGGUGGAGACUCUGAUGGCCGUGUCUGACACAUGGCCAAUGGGGGUGUCGUUGGGGGGGUCUGGUUAAG